CUUUCAAUGAAUCUUUCAAGUCAUUCUUACUUGAUCUAUUACAGCAGAUGUGAAAUCUGCAUUUAUUGAAAUACAUGAUAUUUCUUGUGCUAUCAUUCACUAUCACCGCGUUGACUGAAGAUUAUCAACCUUUAUUCCCAACUUUGUUGAAAUCGAAAGUAAUCUACUAAAUUCAAAAUUUGUGACACCACAUGCGCAUUGGAUACGCGUGUAUACAGCAUGUCAUUGUUGGUAGCCAUGGUUAGGUUGAGAUUUUGGCAGUUUGAUAAAAACACCGAAAAGGACUCGCUGUCAGAAAGAGGCAGUAUUUAUUAGCUAUUUUCUAUUGCAAUUGACUAUAAAAUGUGGACAAAUAUAUCAACAGAUCUAAAUGUCGUGUUCUGUCUAAUAUAAUUUCUGGUUUUCAUAUUGAAAACUCUCAAUUCUGGUGGAUCCAAACGACUGAAUAUUACACGGCACUCAUCAAUGAGAUCACGUACUAAUUAAGAUUAGGGCUCUACUUUCUGACCAAGUAGCUGAUCAGAAAUGUGUGAAUUCUUAGUCAAUCAUUCUUGUAAUGAGCAUCGGGACUAUUCCAGUUUGAAAUCUGAUUAGAACAACAACACUUCAUCAUGAAUUAUUUGAGAGGAGAGGACGAACGACUUAUCAGCAAUGAAACUGUCCUUACCACAGCAGCCUGCACAUCGAAUGAAUCCAGUCAAGAAUGUCGAGGAGGGGUAGGAUCAUUAGCCACUAUAUUUUUGAUGGUGAAUGCAACAUUGGGUGCUGGGCUACUAAAUUUUCCGCAAGCAUUUGACAAGACUGGUGGAAUUGUAAUUGCUGUUGUAGUACAGUUGAUUUUUCUAGUUUUUAUCACAGCUGCAAUUGUAGUUCUGGCACAGGCUAGUGAUAGCACUAACAGCUCUUCUAUGCAGGAUACGCUAGCAGGACUAUGUGGGCCAAAAUCACUGAUUUUAUGUGCUAUCUGCGUUGCAAUUUAUAGCUUUGGUUGCUGCGUUACAUUCCUAAUCAUCAUUGGAGAUCAAUUUGACAGAGUGUUAGCCAACCUCUAUGGUAGCGACUUUUGUCACUAUUGGUACAUGUCGAGAUCAUUUACAACAACUGUUUGCUGUUUUGUCUUCAUUCUUCCACUAUGUUUCUCAAAAAGAUUAGACAUACUGAGCUAUGCAAGUUCUCUUGGUUGUAUAGCGGUGAUCUACGUCGUAUGGAUUAUCAUUUACAAAAGUCCGGUAACAAGUGGGCUUCCAGCCAAACCUAUGAAACAAUGGCCAGAUCAUUGGACUGAAAUAUUCCAAGUAGUUCCUGUCGUAUGCUUUGGUUAUCAGUGUCACAUGUCGGUAAUACCUACCUAUGCUUGUAUGAAGAAUCGCCAACUUGGAGGUUUCACAGUUUGUGCAAUCGUUAGCAUGUUGACAUGUUUUGUGGCAUAUUCAAUAGCGGGAAUCUUUGGUUAUUCAACAUUUGGGACAGGGAAGGUUCCCGGCGACAUUCUGCAGGGAUAUUCAGAUGGUGGAACAUUUUUGAUGGUUGCUAUUAUUGCCAUAGCUUUUAAGAAUUUCACAACAUAUCCAAUUAUCUUGUUUUGUGGACGUGAGGCGCUGAUCGGUCUCUGCACAGAGUACAUACAAAGUCUUAUCAUGCCUAGAGUAAUAUUAUCGCUUAUUUGGAUUGCCUUAACAUUGGUUGUUGCAAUCGUGCUACCUGAUAUUUCUGCAGUGAUAAAUCUCAUGGGCUCAUUAUCGGCAGCUUUCAUUUUCAUUUUUCCAGGAGUUUGUUUACUCCAAAACACUUUGAUCAAGGAUCCUCUAUUAUGUUUAAACAAAGAUAGGUUCUUGAUAGUUUUCGCGAUUAUAUUGUUAGCAUUGGGCUCCUUUGUGUGUGGUGUUGUUUUGGUGGAAGCCAUAGAAGAUAUGCUCAAGGAAAAACCGGCGCCUGCAUUAAUAACAGGUUUCAGGAUUGGGCUCAAGGAUAGUUUGUGCAUUUGAAAUGUCACACUUCUGAGAGCACUCUGAACCAUGUGAUAUUUUUUACCCGUACCUCAGUUCAGAGGCAUUUAUUGACGAAUAGAAAGAAUAUCAAGUUUCCCACGUAUAACUUUCUACUCAUUAGACUGAAUAUUAUAUCCACUUUAUUUUUACUACUCAUAUAUUAUAAUCGAAUUAAGACUGAAGUGUUUUUAUACCUGUAAAGAACACAGUAGUCAACGUGCCUUGACACAUCCGUUUCAUGAAUAAAAUGUAACUUUAUUAAUCU